CAUUCAUCCAUCAACCCGCCCGACGACAUCUUCCACCGCCCCAUACACCACCACACUACUCUCUCUCACAUCAACAUGGUCGUCUACUACGAAAUCCUCGGCCAAAAGGUCGGAUCGCACAUUCUCUCCAUCGGCGUCCUCACCACCCUCUUCGUCGGAACAUGGUCCAUGACAGGCGGCAAGAAGAUUGCCAACGCAAACCAAGGACCUCCGAUCAACGCCGCCAGUAAAGACGAGGAGAACUUCAUACAAAAGUUUUUGGAACAAGAAGAGAAGAAUUCGAAGAAUGCGAAGCACUAGGAGGGGAUUGGAUUGCGAGGAGGCAGCUUGGCGUGGAGAGGAUAGCGAAGAGGAUGAGAAGAUGGUGAGGAAGAGGGACGGAGUGUGACAUGAGUGAGAAGCGACAUGGCACAAGAGGAAAGAGAGAAGAGGGGGUAGAGGAGAUGCGGAGCGGAAAGGAAGGCUGGUAUGUAUAGAUUGUAUACAAGAACAGUGCAGCCCUCCUGUCCAAUUCAGCGGCCGUUUUGGCUCGUCUCCUUUUGGUGCUUUCCUGCGAGCUACAUGUAUGGCGCACACUGAGCAGCGUCGUCAUUCGUCUUUGGGUACUCAUCCACAGAUGAGCCGAACGCGCGCAUAGAAUGUUCAGGAUCAAAAACCAGAAUAGAUUCCGCUCAGCGAGUAAGAAG